UGUAGCGUGAUUCGUUUCAUCUCGUUCGAGCCACUGCCUAUAUAUGCAAGCAAGCUAGCUAGCAUCUGCCUAUAUAUACAAGCUAGUUAGCGCAGUUCUUUCUCCACUUCGCUGCCACCUGAAGUUCGUGCUUCCGUACGGGAUAAGAUGCAGAUGGCCAGCAAGGAACAACAACCAGCUGCCACUGCCACCGGCAAGCCGCCGACGAUCUGCAACAGGCUCCAGAAGGCUUUCCACUCCCGGCCGGCCUUUCGGCCUCUAUUCCGCCUCACAGGCCGGGCCCAGGACGGCGAAGCCCACGGAGCUCCUGCUACAGGUACUGGGCCCGGGGGAGCGCCGGCUGCAGCCGCGACGCACGGCGGUGCACCGCCGCCUCCGAUUCUGCUGCCGGCAGCAUCUCCGGUAGGCAAAGCUCCAGCGCCUACGCCGCCGGUGACGCUGCUCCCGGCACAGGCGCCACAGAAACCGGCCGCUGCCAAGGGAGCUGAUGGCAAGGCACAGCGUGAGGGCCAGGUCCCGGCAGUGAGCAUUCCUGCCGCGGCCACAAACGUCGCGGAGAAGAAGCAGGCGGCUGCAACGGCAGGGGGCAUGCCGGUGCCCGUUCCUCCACCGGCGGUCGUGGCCGGAAGGACACCGGCGGCGGACGCCAAGGCCGGGGACAAGGCGAAGACCAGGGUGGUAUCCAGGGUUCGCAAGGCCAUGGCCUCGUCCAAGUAGAGAGGAAUGAACGUUACUAGUCAUGUGAAGCGGAAACAAGCCCGAAUUACUGCUCCCUAAUUUGCACGUACUAUCUCCCGAGCUGUCUAUUUUGUCUGGUUGCUGUGAGUUAUUAGUUAUACCUGUCAGCUGUCGGCUGUCGCACGCUCGCACGUA